AUGCACUUGCACUACAACAAUAAGGUUGGCACCAUGCAAAAGGACAGCCUACGUUAUGUGAUUGACAGGCCUGCAUAUACUCUGCCGGACUUUGACAAACAGUUUGACAAGAAGAGCCGACAGUUUCCUUUAGGAGACAAAGUGAAGAAAAAGUUCAGAUGCUCUGCAGCCAAACUGAAGGCACUGUUAUUCAGACGCCUGCCGAUACUGAAGUGGCUUCCCAAGUACAAAGUGAAGGAAAAACUGCUUCGUGAUGUCAUCAGUGGGGUCAAUGGUGGGACCAUUCAGGUCACCCAAGGUACACUAGCCUUGUUUAGCGUGAUGGUCGGCUCGGUGUGUCUUCAGUUGGCCCCAGAGUCUGACUUCAGUUAUUUUAAUACCACUCUGAAUGCUACAAUAGUGGACACAGACAGGAUGUAUGAGGCCCGUAUGAGAAUAUCUGGAACCCUGAUGUGCCUCACAGGAGUCAUUCAGCUCGGCCUCAGUCUUACACAGUUUGGGUUCAUCGCCAUCUAUCUGUCAGACUCCUUAAUCAGGGGCUUCUUGACUGCUGUCGGAAUCAGGAUAUUCAUUGGGAUGUUGAAGUUCAUUUUUGGUCUUAAGGUGCCGCCUUUUAAAGAUCCAGCAGCUGAUGUCUUUACAUUAAUUCAUAUUUUAACAUCCAUUCUUGAGACCAAUGUAGCCUCCCUACUGUUUGCUGUGGUCACUAUUGUUGUCCUGGUUCCAGUGAAAUUGCUGAGUGAACGCUACCGCCAUAAGUUGCCUUUUCCAAUUCCUGUCCACAUCAUUAUUGUGAUCGUGGCCACAGCUAUUUCAGGUUCUCUCAAUCUUCCAGAGAUUUACCAUAUGGAUGUAGUGGGAGAAGUCCCUUUGGGGAUUCAAGCACCUGUGUUGCCACAAGUGAGUAUGUGGAGCGACAUGUUGGGUCCUGCCUUCUCGUUAGCAAUAUUGGGGUACGUCAGUGUCUACACUUCAGGCAGGAUGCUGUCAGCCCUGCAUGGCUAUGAUGUGGAUCCCAACCAGGAAAUGUUGGCUCUUGGCUGCAGCAAUUUCUUUGGGUCCUUCUUCCAGAGCCAAGCAGUCGGCUCUACCUUGUCUGUCACUUUGGCGAUAGACAGUGGCGGGGGAACAUCACAGGUUGCUGAACCUCAGCUUGGGAACCACAGCUAACCACAUGAUGGAUGG